GAAUUGUAAUGUUUUUUUUUUUUAUUUUUCAGAAAAGUCAUGGAGACAGAUUCAGAUGUUCUUCAUUUGGCAACAUACAUGUGCCCAAGUUUGCCAGUAGAAUAUUAUGAGUUCUUAGCAGAAUAUCUUGAAUCAAAGCUACAAAAACAAACUGUUCUCAUUUACAAUUCAAGACGGUAUGGUCCAAAUAUCAAACAUGGAGAUCAUAAAUAUGUUGAUAUGGAGAUCGAAAGAAUUUCAUGGAUUUACGAGGUUGCAAGUAUGUUUUUGCCAAUAAAAAUUCCUUGAGCAGUAUUCAGCAAGUUCUUCUGAAGCUCAAACAACUUGGCGAGUCAGUUUCAUUUUUCAACAACAUUAAAGCAUCUGGUAAUCACAUGAAUUCAAUUGAACAAGUUAUUUCAAAACGAGCCGAAGUAACUGCUGUGGAUUCCCUGUCGCUGACGAAUUAUUUGAAUCGUCACUACUAUCAAGUAUCUGAGCUACAUCUUUUUGAAUCAUGGGGACCUCUGCCUCCACAUCCCAUAAUGAUCAGUACCAGGUUAUCAAAUGAGCUGAAGGCUAAGAUUGAGAGUGCCUUCCUAGACAUAAAAAAUUUACCGGAGUGGAGAGAACAACUGGCCACCUUUGGUGUUUCUUGUUUCCGUCCAACAUCAUCAGAUAAUUAUUUGGACACAAUGGAUUUACUGGAGUCUACUAAGUCAUUAACUAUAGAAGAAACAUAUUACUAAGAGUAACUGAAAAUUUAUUUAUACACCUAUGUCAAUUAAUUUCUAUAUACCUAUAGACUUUGUUCUGAUUUAUGAUCCUGUGGUGUAUUACGUACACUGCUACUAUUCAUAUUGAAGCUUGAAGUACAUUACAAAUCAUUUUGAUACGUUAGUGCCUUCUGUACACUUUUGAUGUAGGUAUAUGAUACUCAUUCAAAAGUAUCGGAACUUCUAUAAUCAAGUCUCUGUUUUUAAUUUCCAGACUAUGUGCCUUUUUUGUUUUAAGUAGAUAAUUCUUUUUUCUCUCAUUUAGUCAAUUUCACAUAACCCAGAAUAUUGUGGUAUACUUUUUGCUCAUGAAUAAGAUGAUGUUUUUAUAUUUUAAAUAUUUUUUGAUAUAUUGCCCUAUUAAUGAAUAAUGAAGACAUGUUUACAGCAUGUGUUCCUAACUGGACAUUACAAUAACAGAUUCAUUUCUUUGUGUUAGAUAUAGAAUUUAUAGUCAUGAAAUAAUAGUUAUAUGGUGUGAACUAUCAGUGAUCUUGUGGGGGGGGGACAUAAUUGUUUCCAGAUACCCAUCAGCAUAGUCUGUUUUAUUUAAAACAGGUGUAGAUAAUGGGGAUGACAUUGUUUUAUAUCCUGUUUGAUUUAGUGAUAUAACUGUCAUCAUUGCUGUUUGAUGUCAUAGAUUAUUGCAGUUUGGAAUUAUAAGAAAAAAUUUAUUGGUUCUCAUAUAACACUAGAUCUGAAGUGUUAAAAUAUUGGCAAAUUUAAGAUAACUAAGUUACCAUAGAUAUUGGUAACUGUGAGUGCCUUAGUGUCCAUUACUGCCAUGUAUUACUCAGUGUUGUUUGACUGUUAAUAGAGGAUCACCUUCUCAGUUAUGUGUUACAGAAGCAUCUGUUAGACUUAUUAAGUGUAAUUGAAUGCACUGAGUAUUAGCCCUCUCAAUCAGUCGUGACUUACUGACACAUCAUCCAGAGGCCAAAUUGUGUUACUUAUUACAGCUCUGACUCCAUGACCGACAGGAUUUAUAAAGGCCUUGCAACUGAAAGGGUUAGGAUUGCAAAAACCCUUUGAAGGCUAACUAGUACUUCAUAUUACAAAAACCAGUCCUUUGGGUCUCACGUCAUAUUUUUUAUCCUUAUAGCCAGUCCUCAGGAAGAAAGCGUUCAAAUCACAGCCUCUAAGAAUAUGUGGUUGAUAUUUUUUUAUUAUAUAAUUACAAGAGGCCAAGUCGUAAGUCUGUAGUAAAAGGGCUAAUUUCAGUUAUUACAGUCAUAGUAAUUAGCUGAAUUCUAAUGCUUAAAAUUUGUUAAUCUUCAUUUUUCUGAGCUAUAAAACUUUUGUUAAAUUUUUCUUUGUAGAUACGUGUUUUUAAUCAACGUUCUGUUUGUACUUGCUUAUAUAUUUGAGUUUAGUUUCAUAAUGUUCUAGUCUAGUCCUGAAAAUGACCAUGGAUUAAUAGCUGAAGCAGCAGUCAGCCUAAGAAUUAGUUAAUAGAACAGAUUAGGAGUUUUUCCUUGGGAAUAAGAAGUUCUGGAAAUUGCUGAAGUGUUUUCAGGGUGUUCUUGGUGCCACAUGCACAUUAGCUUUUGAUGAAAAUACUUUGCUAAAAGAAGCAUACUAAAAAGUGGGUGGAUGUGAAAAAGCUACUUCAUCACUGAGGGAACAAUACCACAUUUCCAAGAGAGUAUUGCCGAAUUGUCAGCCACCUUUAUGAUCAAAAUAUAAUCACCCUGGAAAUCCAAGGAAGCUGGGACCAGUUUACUUUACACAUUUGAAACUGGAGGUGUGAAAACCUCUCAGGAACUAUGUUGGACACUGAUGGUCAGCCUUGUAACAAGAAACAUUGCUACCACCUUCUGGGGAUCCAAGAAAUCUAGGACUGGCAUGGGUUGCAAGUUUAAAUUUGUAGGAGGCCUGAAAGCCUUGCGAUAUGAACUGGGCUGGACACAAGUGGCUGCAGGCUACUAGGAUUCACUUUGGAGCUGGAUUUAUUCAUGGAGUAGAUUCCCAGUCAAUUAAAGUAUGUUAAUCUUCAUUUGUUUGAGCUGUGAAAAAUGUUAGAUUUUCCUUUUGGUUUCUUGUUUCUAAUCAGUUUUUUUGGCCAUAUUCGUCUGUACUAAAUUGGAGUGUACAGUAGUCCCAUUGUGGAUCUGAUGUAGCCCAGAAGAUGACCGUGGGUUAGUGGCUGAAAUAGCAGUUCAAUUGGCUUAAGAAUGAAUUAAUGAAGUGACAGACUAGCUGUUGUUGUAUGUUUCUCCAAGACUUCACCCUGGAAGAUGUGAAGUAUUGGGAAUUGUGGAAGUGUUGUUAGAGAAUUAUUAGUCCCAUGUGUACUAGUGCGCACACAUACACAAACAAUCAUGUUUUGUUUAUUUUAUAUACAUACAAAAAUGCUUUUUGUCCUAUACAAUAGUUGUAAUCUGUAUUGUUAAUUUCUUCUCCCAGUUAGUGUUUGUUAAUUGUGUUAUCUUUGUUUAGAUUUUUUUCAUGUUGAUUCUUGUUCCAACCUAGUUCUGCCUGUUAUCUUAGUGGUAUUUUGAGACAUUAGAUUAUGUUUGGGAGUAAUUAUGCUGAAUUUUUUCAGAACUUUGUAGACCUCUUCAUAUGUCGUUAAACUUUUUUGCACACCUUGGAAAAAUGUCAUUUCUUUAACUUUGCUUCCCUUUCUCAGGAUAGUACUUUUGUACUGAACAUUAUUUCAAGUCUCAUUAUAUGCAGCACUUCAUUAUGCAGAUGCUCAUAUGUUUAUUUUAGUAUUCCCUGCACAACUGGAAACAUUUUUCAUAAUUGCCCAUCUUUUGUAAGUUCUGUAUAUUUAAUUUAUCUAAACCAUUUUUUCUGUGUGAUGUAAAUUCUCUGACAUAAUCAUAACAAUUGCAAUGUAAAUUCUCUGACUUAAUCAUAACAAUUGCUAUACUAAUAAAAGGUUUGGAAGUG